AUGAUUGUUCAGGAUCCUAUUCAGGUUAUCGUUUGGGAUUGUCUUAAUAAUUAUGAAUACGACAAUGCUAUCUUUUUGGCUGAAAGACUACAUGCUGAAGUUUCAUCAGAGGAAACAGCAUUUUUGUUGGGAACUUGUUACUAUAGAGCUGGACGAGUGAAUGAAGCUCAUCAUUUAUUACAAAGUUUAUCACUGACUCUUCCUCAAUCACGAUUUCUCUUAGCAAAAUGUUCAGUGGAAAUAAAAUCAUACAGACAAGCGGAGAUUGUGUUAGGUUCAAAUUUAGACAUAAUAGCUUCUGAAUUUGGUGAACAAGCUCCAUAUGCAUUACAACUGCUUGCAAAAAUUUAUAACACUACUGAAAGAAGAAAUAAAGCAGCUGAUGCUUACCGGAAAGCACUAUCUUUAAAUCCAUUUAUGUGGAAAUCUUUUUCACAGUUGUGCAAUAUGGGUGAAAAAGUUGAUCCUCAUCAAGUAUUUAAUAAUAAUAACUCUGACUUUUCUUUUGGUGUGUCAACUCUAGUAAACCUAGUCAGCAACUCUGAAAACAUUUCGUUUGUUAACAGCAACAUUCCUAUUAACACUAGCUUGAACACUAAUGUAACACCAAAUAAUAUUACGUCUAAGACACCUAUGACAAUGUCCACAAGUAUUACCCCUGAAACUCAGGCUCCAGUAAAACGUAUGCAUAGUGUAUUCGGUGGGAUGACACCCAUUCCAUUUUCACCAUCUUUUGGUAUGUUGCCAAUGGAUGAAUCACCUGUAUUAUAUACGCCAACACUUACGGAUGCAAAUGAGCAAAAAGCCAUACCUAAAAUUGUAAAUUCACUUAGAGCACAAAUGGGCCAGCUCAAAGAUGCAGUGUUCAGUCCAGCACCUCGUUGCACUUUAGGCCCAGCACCAAGACGAUCAUCUAGGUUAUUCAGUAAUAAUAAUAGUAGCUAUUCAGUUAAAGAGAAUAAUAAAUCACCUAGUAGAAAAUUUGUAGCACCUAAAAGUCCUUCAAGGAAAAACAAACAGAGAACUGCUAAAAAUAUUAAAACAAAUUCUGUAGAAACAAAUGAAAAAGCUAAAAGUAUAGAGACUGUAACUCCAACAAUUACCCCAAAGAAUUCAACUGGUGUUGCUCUAUUAAAUUUAAUGAAAGAAUUAGGAGAGGCGUACAAGGCACUAUCCUUCCUGGAUUGUAAAAAUGCUAUAAAGCUAUUUCAAGAAUUACCAGCUAAACAGUUAGCUUCACCUUGGGUACAAACAAUGAUUGCUCGUGCUCACUAUGAACUAGCUCAGUAUGAAGCAGCUGCAAAGAUAUUUGCAGAAAUACGCAAGCAGCAUCCAAACCGUACAGAAGGUAUGGACAUUUACAGUACAUGUUUAUGGCAUUUGCAACGUGAGGCACAGUUGUCUGCUUUAGCACAAGAAUUAGUAGAAUUAGACAGAAAUGACUCUAUUGCCUGGUUAGCUGCUGGUAAUUGUUUCUCUCUUCAUAAAGAACGUGAGACAGCACUUAAGUUUUUUAAACGUGCUGUACAAAUCAAUUCUGAUGCUGCCUAUGCACAUGCUCUAUUAGGACAUGAAUAUGCAGUGGCUGAAGAAACAGACAAGGCCCUUGCAAGUUUCAGAACUGCAGUCAGCAUUGAUCCUCGUAAUUAUGUUGCAUGGUUUGGUAUAGCAACUGUAUAUGCUCGUCAAGAGCGUUGGAAAGCUUCAGAAGUACACAUACGUCGUGCACUUGCAAUACAUCCUCAUUCAGGCGUAUUAAGAUGUCAGCUAGGUCUAGCACAAGCAGCUUUAGGUAAAAUGGACAGAGCAUUAGCAACUUUAGAAAGGGCCGUUGCUUUAGAUACAGAAAACCCACUAUGUCGUUUUCAUAGAGCCUCUGUAUUAUUGCGGGCUGGAAGACCUCAAGAUGCAUUAGAAGAUCUACACCACUUAAAAGAUAUCGCACCUAGAGAGUCAUUAGUAUAUUAUUUACUUGGAAAAGUUUAUAAUAAGUUAGGCAAUUCUCAUUUAGCUUUAAUGCACUUUAGCUGGGCUACAGAUUUGGAUCCCAAGGGCACUGGAGGUCACAUUAAGGAAGGUUUUGAUCCAUCAAAGCAGGAAGAUCCACCGGAGAGAGCAACUUAA